UGAUAUCCAACAGCUAGGAUGGCGAGUGAAUCGAAUCUUCUCUUCUGGAAGGGAGCUCGGAGGCUCGCGGUCUGAAGGUGGAGCUGUGAAUGCGCCUGAGAGAGUGACCCCUGGAGCUCACGCCCUCCUCGUUCAUCCCGAAGUCCUACUGCGAAGUGUGUGCUACCUGUCUGUGGUUCUCGGGCUCGUUAGCAGCUAAAGGUUUGGGCCUUCCCGAGAGAGUAGCUACGGGCAGUCAGAGCGGAGAGCAGAGUGAGAGCGACAGGCAGUCUGCACGGCGUGGAGUUUCUCACACGGCCGGAGAGGAGCGCGGACACACACACACACGCACGUGCGGGACACACACACGGGGCACGGGAGGCCCGAGCUUUGGGGGAUUUUUGCGUCCAGCGCAGGAACGGGGUCGGGGGAAGAUGACGCCGCGGGGACGCUGGUGCUGGAUGUCACUGCUGCUGUUCGGACUGACGGCGCUGAGCCGCCAAGCCCACGCGAACGUACUGGACGCCAUGCUGCUGAGGAAUUCUGGGAAGGUGUCGAUAGACGGCAGUAAGGAGGAGAGUGGCAGCACGGCCUCAGUAACGCCGCAACGACUGCUCUGGUGCCACUGUUACCACCACUGUCCUGAGGACUCCACCAACAACACCUGCAGGACGGAUGGCUACUGCUUCACCAUGGUGGAGGAAGAGGACGGAGGGUUUCCUGUCCACACCUCUGGCUGUCUUGGCCUCGUCGGGUCCGAAUUCCAGUGCAGGGACACAGGGAACUCUCGCCUGCGGAGGGCGCUAGAGUGUUGCACAGAUCAGGACUACUGCAACAGGGACCUGCACCCCACUCUACCCCCACAGAAACCCCCGACCUAUGCGGACGGAAGCAUCCACUACACGGCCCUGCUGAUCUCCAUCGCCAUCUGCUGUGUCAUUCUCACCAUCAUCGUCAUCUUCGGCUACUUCUGGUACAAGCGACAGGAGUCCCGGCCACGCUACACCAUCGGGCUGGAGCAGGACGAGACCUUCAUCCCGCCCGGGGAGUCUCUGAAGGACCUGAUCGAGCAGUCCCAGAGCUCAGGCAGUGGCUCGGGGCUCCCCCUGCUGGUUCAGCGGACGAUCGCCAAGCAGAUCCAGAUGGUGAAGCAGAUUGGGAAGGGGCGCUACGGAGAGGUGUGGAUGGGGAAGUGGCGCGGCGAGAGGGUGGCCGUCAAGGUCUUCUUCACCACCGAGGAGGCCAGCUGGUUCAGAGAGACCGAGAUCUACCAGACCGUGCUGAUGAGACACGAGAACAUACUGGGAUUCAUAGCGGCUGACAUUAAGGGCACGGGCUCAUGGACACAGCUGUACCUGAUCACGGACUACCACGAGAGCGGCUCGCUGUACGACUACCUCAAGUCCACCACGCUGGACACCAAGGCCAUGCUGCGGCUGGCCUACUCGGCCGUGUCCGGGCUCUGCCACCUGCACACCGAGAUCUUCGGCACGCAGGGCAAGCCCGCCAUCGCCCACCGCGACCUGAAGAGCAAGAACAUCCUGGUCAAGAAGAACGGCUCCUGCUGCAUCGCCGACCUGGGGCUCGCCGUCAAGUUCAUCAGCGACACGAAUGAGGUGGACAUCCCGCCCAACACGCGUGUGGGCACCAAGCGCUACAUGCCCCCCGAGGUUCUGGACGAGAGCCUGAACCGGACCCACUUCCAGUCCUACAUCAUGGCCGACAUGUACAGCUUCAGCCUCAUCCUGUGGGAGAUCGCCCGGAGAUGCGUCUCAGGAGGUAUAGUGGAGGAGUACCAGCUGCCGUACCACGACAUGGUGCCCACUGACCCGUCGUAUGAGGACAUGAGGGAGGUGGUGUGCAUCAAACGGCUGCGGCCAUCUUUCCCCAACCGCUGGAGCAGCGACGAGUGCUUACGGCAGAUGGGGAAGCUGAUGACGGAGUGCUGGGCACACAGCCCCGCCUCCCGGCUGACCGCCCUGCGGGUGAAGAAGACGCUCGCCAAGAUGUCCGAGUCGCAGGACAUCAAACUGUGAGCCGGGAGCCUCCGUGGCAACCCACGCACGUGCCAACAGAGGCGUACGCCCCCCACCCCCUUCCCAUUCCCCUCUGGACCCCACGCCUCAGAGCUGGCUCCGCUAGUC